AUGGACAGAGAGAGAGUCUUCCGUUUGGUGUUUACAUAUUUGGACUGUCGUUGUCGUUUUCUUCCGCUUCAUCCUGGUCCGGGUCGCGGGGGCAGCAGCUUCAGGAGGGAAGUCCAGACGGCCCUCACCUCGGCCACUCCCACCAGCUCCUCCUCCUUUAGGGGGGAUUCCCAGGCGCUCCCAGGCCAGGAGAGAUAUAAUCCCUCCACCUGGUCCUGGGCCGACCACGAGGUCCCUUCGCACUCGGGACGCAGAAAAAAACCAGAAAAGGUCUUAGAGACUGAGAGCUGCGGAGCUCCGGGUCUAAAAGUUUGUGAUUUAUUUUAA